GUGAUUUAAUUGUUUAAUUUAGUUUAAUUUAGUUUUAUUUUAUCUACGUGACUUUACCGAAUAAAACCAAAGAGUAUGCGCCCCCAUCGCUUCUCGGGCUCCUUAGGGUUCAACCAUCACCAUCUUUCGGCUUCCAUUUUGGAUUCUUAGGUUUCCACGCUUGCGUUCAUUUUUUUUGUUCCGACCGCAAUUUUCUGUUUGUUGCUCUCCUGUUAACACGGCGCUCCUAGGCAACGCGAAUAUUAAUUUAACUGAUUCACAAUUUAUUUAAUUCGCUGUAACCUCUUCGCCGAGCGCGCUUGGCGUGCGUGACGCGGGCGAGGCCACGUGACCCCCCCCUCUUCCCCCCCCUCCCGACUCGCCACAUUGAGCGUCGCUAGCCACUGAAAGUGCUCAAUCCACGUGGUGAUUGUUACUCUGCAGUUCACCUCACGGGGACAUGUCUCAAGUGCACAAGAGAGUGAAGGUGGACGAUGAAGUUGCAACAGGGGGCACUGGGAAGGCGAGUCGCCAUGGCCUGGAUGACAUCUUGCAGGAAUUCGAGUCGUGGUGCAGCAGCGUGAACCUCGAGCUCAGCCCGAAGGUGGUUCUCAGUGAGGAUGGCUUGGUGGACCGCUAUGGCCUGCAGGCAGUGGAGAAUAUCUCUGAAGGAGAGGUGCUGUUUUCUGUGCCCCGGGAUGCGUUGCUCAGCUCUGUGACUACCUCCAUCAGCCAGGUCCUUGAAAAAGAGGCUGCCUCUUUGAAGAGCCAGUCUGGCUGGGUGGCACUGAUUGUGGCACUAAUGUACGAGUUCACCUGCCCAAACUCACGGUGGAAACCCUACCUUGCUCUCUGCCCUGAACCUGAUCAGCUUGACCUGCCCAUGUUUUGGCCGGAGGAGGAGAGAAAACGUUUGCUGCGUGGAACGGGUGUGCCUGAGGCUGUGCACUUGGACCUGGAAAACAUCGAACUUGAGUUCAACUCCGUGGUGCAGCCCUUCCUGGCCGCCCACCCUACGCUCUUCGAUAGCAAACAACACACACUGAACCUUUACAAGCGCAUGGUUGCCUUUGUCAUGGCCUACAGUUUCCAGGAACCUCUGGAGGAAGAAGAUGAGGAUGAAAAAGAUCCAAAUCCACCCAUUAUGGUUCCAAUGGCAGAUAUCCUCAACCACGUGUCAAACCACAACGCCAAUCUGGAGUUCACCAAGGACUGCCUGAAGAUGAUAUCGACACGCCCUAUAGCCAAGGGGGAAGAGGUGUACAACACAUACGGCGACCUGGCGAACUGGCAGCUGCUGCACAUGUAUGGAUUCGUGGAGCCUCACCCUGCCAACAACAAUGAUGCGGCAGAAAUCCAGAUGACGACACUAUAUAAGGCCGCACUGCAGGUGUUUGGAGAAAGUAGGAAGCAGCUGGUCGAGAAGAAAUGGAAAGUGCUGUGUGAGAUGCUGCUGGUGGGCGAGGAGGGAGCGUUCGUUAUCGGUCGCGAAGGAGUCCUCACUGAAGAAGAGCUCUACGCAGCCCUCAAGGUGCUCUGCAUGUCAGAGGACGAGUUGGAGGACUACCAGGAGAACGAGGGGUGGGAGGAAGACGAUGCAGCUGACGAGUCGCUGACCAAUGAGGCAAUUGUGGAGCUGCAUCCCAUGUGGCGGACACUGUUGGCAGAAAGCAUCCGCUUAACACUGGCGGCAUAUGGCCCCGUGCAAAAGGAAGACGAGGCCAUGCUCGCAGACCCCGUGCUCAGUGCCAAGCUGAGCCGCCGCGAGCGAUACGCGCUGAACUUGCGCUGCGGACAGACGAGCAUCUUGCAGAACUUGCUGCGGCUCACAGAGGGGCAGUUGAUGGCCCAAGUCUAAUUCCGAAUGCGAAGGCUUGAUGAAAAUUAUUUGAACAUCUCCCCCCACACCCACCCCUCUUUUGUACAUGUAAAAAAAAGGAAUGGGGACUGAGCCUUAGAGGAAUGCUGCGUGGUGUAAUGGUUAGCUAACUGAAUAUGCAAGCCAAAUCAAUGGUUAGAUCUCUUGACGCAACUGCUGAAAAGGUGGGAUAAGUUUCGUAAAUCCCCCCUGCCCCACCCAGCAAUGUAAAUGGGUGCACCACAGUUAAGUCAAUUACAGGUCAUGUGUGGCAGGGUAAAGUGGGUAUUUCCUCUUCUAAUUGUGGAAUAGGCCAAAUUUGUCAUACAGGGGGACUCUAUACAGUGGAGGUUCUUCCUCCACUCGAGUAAGCAAGCAAAGCGUUUUAAUGCGCUAUAGCACAGCAGUCGCAAUGAAAUAAGGUUACAAGGCCAAUAUACUGUACGUUUGAGCAGAUUCCAAAAGGAAAGAAAGCACAAUGUAAUUGUCUUCAUUUUAAUGCUAUCUUGUUUUUCACGUUAUUGUAUAUUUUGUACAAAAUUGACAAUGUUCAACAUAAAUAUAAAUUCCACGAUCACAUUGCUUUGCAUAUUUCGACAGCACAAAUGCAGGCACAUAGGUUAAAGAGUAACACCUGAUCACAAUUCAAACUAUAAAAAGUUUUUAAUAAAAACGAAUGCAUAUAUUAAAUGAAAUCUUAUAAAUGCAAAGUAUUAUAUAUACCAAUGAAUGACAAGAAAACG